CAAACCCUGUAACCGAACCGUGCUCUGUGUCUCAGCUUGCGUCGCCGCGCAUCCACGACGCGAUCUUUUCCGACCGCAAGCGAGAGCCGCUCUGCCGCCGAGAUGCCUUCCCUCCUCUUGUCCGAGCCACAUCUCACCGAGGAGAUGAAGAGUAAGAAUUUUAAGAAGCGGAAGGUCGAUGAGGACGAGGAGGAGAGUGAUACCACCUCCGAUUCCACCGUAGUUAAGAGGCGGAAGCUGAUGGAGGAGAUCGUGGAAGCGGAUGAUCCGAAUGUCUUGUCCAACUUUAGGAUCUCGAACGCCCUGAGAGAGGCUCUGGAAUCGAAGGGGAUAAAGGCAUUGUUCCCCAUCCAGGCCAUGACUUUCGAUCUCAUACUCGAUGGGUUUGACUUAGUGGGCAGAGCACGGACCGGUCAGGGUAAAACUUUGGCAUUUGUGUUGCCUAUAUUAGAAUCUUUGACAAAUGGAAUUCUCAAGGGAUCAAGAAAGACUGGUUAUGGAAGAUCUCCUAGUGUUUUAGUACUUCUUCCGACUCGAGAGCUUGCUAAACAGGUGCACUCAGACUUUGAGGUCUAUGGUCAAGCAGUGGGGUUAUCUUCAUGCUGUUUGUAUGGUGGGUCUCCUUUCCGUGCUCAAGUAAUGUCAAUAAAGGAAGGUGUUGAUAUUGUUGUUGGAACUCCAGGACGUGUAAAGGAUCACAUACAGAGAAAUACUCUUGACCUAAAAACUCUAAAUUUCCGUGUCCUCGAUGAAGCAGAUGAAAUGUUGAAAAUGGGUUUCGUGAAUGAUGUGGAACUAAUUCUCCGUAAAGUUGAGGAUGCUAAGAAAGUUCAAACUCUCCUAUUCAGUGCUACAUUACCUGACUGGGUAAAGAAGAUAUCAGCAAGGUUCCUUAAGAAAGAUAAGAAAACAGCAGACCUCAUUGGCAAUCAAAAACUGAAGGCUAGUGCUAAUGUUAGGCAUCUUGUUCUUCCUUGUUCUCCUUCCGUGAGACAAAAACUCAUUCCAUAUAUUAUCGAUUUCUAUAGCAGUGGAGGCCGAACUAUUAUUUUCACCGAGACAAAAAAAUCUGCAGACAAGCUUGGUAGUAUCUUACCUGGUGCACAGGCUUUGCAUGGAGACAUAAUGCAACAACAGCGAGAAGUCAUACUAGCUGGAUUUAGGUCUGGCAAGUUUUUGGUUUUGGUUGCAACAAAUGUGGCAGCUCGGGGAUUAGACAUCAGCGAUGUGCAAUUGAUUAUACAGUGUGAGCCCCCACGUGAUGUCGAAGAUUACAUUCAUCGCUCUGGGCGAACCGGAAGAGCUGGCAAUACUGGCAUUGCAAUCCUACUAUAUGAACCCAAAAACAAGUCCCGUGUUUCUCGAAUCGAAAAAGACUCCGGUGUUAAAUUUGAGCACAUCUCUGCACCCGAGUCUGCUGGUAUUGAUGAAUCAGCUGAAUCUUUAGCAGCUACUGCUAUUACAAACGUUAACAGAUUCUCUCGUGGUAGAGAUGGGAAAAGCUUCUCCAAUGGAGGUGGUCGGGGUGGCCGCUGGGAAGGUGGCCGGGGAGGAGGUCGAGGAAGAGGACGUGGAGGUGAUCGAGGAGGCAGCCGGGAACAUGGAGGAGGUCGGGGAAGAGGUCGUGCUGGCCAAGGAGGCAAGAGAUUUAACCGAAGGAGGUGAAAUGUAUAUUUUUGGCGGUUUUUGUAUCUCAUAUCGUAGCUAAAUUGUUUUUUUUUUUGAAUUUAUUCUAUUGUGUUUCAAUUACUCAAGUCUGAUUGUGAGCAUUGUUGCUCCUGUAGCACGUAGCUGUGGCAAAGUUGCAUAUUGUAUUAAUUUAUGAACGAAUUUACUAUGUGUUUUUGAUAAACUAGUAUAAGAGUACAAUGAAAUUCUCCAAGUUAAAUUUUAUGUUGGUUUUAAAAA